AAAAUCAACAAUAAAUGAAAGUUCCUUGUAGUAACUUUAACUGUCAUCUUAUGCAAAUAACCAGAGAUGUGAUGUGCUGCAGAUAAUUGCACAUACUACGUCACCACUUUGGCUAAGUUCUACUGAGAUGAAUUCCUGUCUAGCUGUGUUCUGUAGCUACAGAUGACUGCCUGGUCCGUUCACUUGUGACUGAUCAUAAAGUGCGACAGCAGGAUUGACGUGUGGCCCUCGGUGGCCUCCCUCCAUCGCCACCACCACCAUUUGCGUGGAUCGGAGCGUUUCAUUGUGCUCUGAAAGUGAAGUGUGGGCUUUUAUCGAUCCGGCAUCGUCACUGCUGCCCGACGCGUAUUGACAGGCGCGGUCGGUGGUCUGCGUGUGACCCACAUGAAAACCAGCAUUAAUAGUUAAUGUGUGCCGAAUUAAUGCAGGACAAGAGCGACCUCAUGCAUAAAAAGUAUGUAGAAAUAUAUACGUACAUAUAGUGCAUAUGGUGCAUAUUGUACUUUUUACUAUACUACUGAGUUUACAGCUUCACUCACAGACUAAAUGGCUUCCAGAUUAGAGCAAGAUUUCUGCUGUUCUGUCUGCCAUGAGGUCUUUAAAGAUCCCAUCAUCCUAUCAUGUUGCCACAGCUUCUGUAGAGUCUGUCUGCAGAACUGGUGGACAGAGAAGGAAAUCCAAGAGUGUCCAGUUUGUAAGAAAAUACAUUCAACGGCUUCACUACCUCCUAACUUUGCUUUGAAGAACCUGUGUGAGAGUUUCUUACAGCAGAGAGACCAGAGAGUUUCAGAGACUCUCUGCAGUCUGCACUCUGAGAAACUCAAACUGUUCUGUCCGGACCAUCAGCAGCCGGUCUGUCUCGUCUGCAGAGAUUCAGAGAAACACACCAAACACAGAUUCAGACCCAUCGCUGAAGCUGCUUCACAACACAAGAAGAAACUUCGGGAAACUCUGGAGCCCUUAAAGGAGAAGUUAAAGGUUUUUACAAAAGUUCAAGUAAGGUUUUAUCAAUCAGCAGAACACAUAAAGGUCCAGACCCGACGCACAGAGAGGCAGAUUCAGGAGCAGUUUAAGACGCUUCACCAGUUGCUAGAGGAGGAAGAGGAGGCCAGGAUGGCUGCACUGAGGGAGGAAGAGGAGCAGAAGAGUCAGAUGAUGAAGGAGAAGAUGGAGGCUCUGAGCAGAGAGAUAGCAGCUCUUUCAGACACAGUCAGAGCCACAGAGGACGAGCUGAGAGCUGAAGACGUCUCAUUCCUGAACAACUACAAGGCUGCAGUGGAAAGAGUGCAGCAGUGCCCCCUGCUGAAGCAUCCACGUCUGCUCUCAGGAGCUCUGAUAGACGAGGCCAAACACCUGGGCAACCUGACCUUCAACAUCUGGAGCAAGAUGAAGAACAUGGUCUCCUACACUCCUGUGGGUCUGGACCCAAACACUGCUGAUCCGGAACUCAUUCUGUCUGAAGAUCUGACCAGUGUGAGACGAGGAGAACAACAGCAGCUUCCUGAUAAUCCAGAGAGGAUUUAUAAUUGCUUCUCUCUUCUGGGUUCUGAGGGAUUUACUUUAGGGACUCACAGCUGGGACGUCCAGGUUCGAGACAGUACAUACUGGGAACUGGGUGUGAUAGCAGAGUGUGUCCAGACGAAGAGAGUCGUCAUAUGUUUUAGAUCAAUGACAAUAUUGUUCAAUGGAAGUGAAUACAGAGCAUAUUCCCCAUCAUCAGAUCACACCAUUUAUCUCAAAGUCCAGAAGAAGCCCCAGAGGAUCAGAGUGAAUCUGGACUGGAACAGAAGAAAUCUGUCGUUCUCUGAACCUGAAACCAACACACACAUACACACCUUCACACACACUUUCACUGAGAGGCUGUUUCCAAUAAUAAGUACUGUGAAUCUCCAACUGAAGGUUUUACCAGUGAAGGUCUCUGUGACUGUAGAACAACAGACAUAGAUGACGAUGAUGAACAUCAAUCGCUUCCUGUGCGACACUUUAAGGAUCAUGUGACCAUGUUGUCUAGAGAUCGAGCUGAUCGGCUGAUCAGACUCAUUUAUUUGCCGGUCACAUUUAUAGAUGUGCAGCAUGACAGUUGUUAACAACACACACACACACACACACACACACUAAAGGUUGUAGGGAUUAUCUUCAGUGUUUCCAGAAGUUUAUUCAGAGCGAAUCCAAAAUAAUCCGUAGAGGAACGUUAAAAAUAGAAAAAUAAAAAUAUUAUAUUUUUAUAUUAAUUCUGAGAGCAGACAGCUAAUGCCAACAGCCAGAGAUGGGCAGU